AGGUAUUAACGCAAAUUUUCGGAAAGUCAAGGGUUAAUGCCCAACUAACAUUUUCCCCCACUUCUCCAAGUAAACGUUUACAAAACCCUCGCUCCUUCACCACCACCCCCUCCCCCCUCCACCCCCACCCCUCUGGCCCUCUCCCUAAGCCGUUCUGUCAUAUUCCCACCAAAACCCUAACCAUAGUUUCUCACCCAACAACAUUGGGGUUUUGAUUGCUAUCUAUGCGUGUAUAUUUUACGCAAAUAGCGUAAUAUUUUGUUGAUUUUUUUUUUUUGGCGUCGGGGGUUUUUAGGGUUUCUCUCCGACAGAGUUUGAGAUGGUCUCUGGCGGCUCGGCAGUUGAGGGCAGUGAAACUCAGUUACUGUCUGCGCGUGUGCGCAAGACCAUCCAAUCAAUCAAGGAAAUUGUGGGCAAUCACUCUGAAUUGGAUAUCUAUGCGGUCCUGAAGGAAACUAACAUGGAUCCUAAUGAAACCGCACAGAAAUUACUCAACCAAGAUCCAUUUCAUGAGGUGAGGAGGAAAAGAGAGAAGAAAAAGGAGAGUAUGGGGUACAAGGACUCAAAGGAUCCAUGUAGGCAUUCUGAGAAUGUUGGUCAAGAGAUGAAAUUUUCUACACAUUCUCAUCGUAAUGUCCGAAGAGGAGGCUACACACGAAAUGUUUUACCUGGUAAUUUAAGACAAGGCAUCAAGUUCUGUGUUGUGAGAGAUAACAGAGUUAAUCAAAACACGGAGAAAGAGGUGAAGUCUAGUUCACCACAAUGUACUAGAUAUACCAAUGAGAAAGCGAUAUCAAAUGUUCCUACAAAGGGCUUUGCAGAAACCUCAGGUAGUCAGAAGCCUUCUGAUGGACGGAGUUCAUCUCAGACUUUGAAUGGGCCAGUUGAUUCACACCCUAGACAUGCUCGAGAUGCCAGUUCAAGGGACAGUGAUGGGAAGGUACUAGAGGAAAAGCGGGCAUCAGUUCCCAGCACAAAUUUGCGGGUGCAAGCAGCAAAGUCAAACAACUCCCAACCAAGUCCUGCAACUCUGGCAUCAGGCAGUUCUGCUGUUGGGGUGUAUUCCUCUUCCACAGAUCCAGUUCAUGUGCCAUCUCCAGAUUCCAGGUCUUCAGGCACUGUUGGAGCUAUUAAACGGGAAGUUGGUGUUGUUGGUGUUCGCAGACAGCAUUCUGACAAUUCUGUCAAAAUGUCCACUGCGCUUAGUAGUUCUUUCUCAAAGUCACUUUUGGGAAAGGAUGGUUCUACAGAAGCAUCACGACCUCUCAAUGCCAUUUCUAGAACUGACCACCUCAACCAAACAACUGCAACUGAUUCUGUUAUUGCCAGCAUGUCAGUAAGCAGAUCAUUCUUAAGCAACCAGUAUAGUGGCAGGCCACAUCAACAACCUGUGGGUCAUCAAAAAGGUGCCCAUCAUAAAAUAGAGUGGAAACCUAAAUCAAGCCAAAAGGCGACUGUUAGUAGCCCCGGGGUGAUUGGAACACCUACAAAAUCUGGUUCACCUUCUGCUGAGAAUUCUAAGGAUUUGGAUUCUGAAACUGCUAAGUUGCAAGAUAAGCUUUCUAGUGUAAACAUAAAUGAGCAUCAGAAUGUGAUCAUAGCACAGCAUAUUCGAGUCCCUGAGACUGAUCGCUGUCGGCUCACUUUUGGAAGCAUUGGGACAGAGUUUGAUUCUUCAAGAAAUCUUAUUGCUGGACUGCAGGCUGUAGGAACUACAGAAGAAUCAAAUGUAGAACCUGCUACGAGCAGUUUGUCGGUGUCAGCUCCAGAGUCUUCUGGCGAUGAUGCUUCUGGCAGCAGGCUGGCAGAGGCACAUGAUAGCCAAGUUAGAAAUUCUGGAUCUGAUUCUUCAGCUUCUGUAGUGGAUUCUGAGCAUCAAUUGCCUGAUGAGAAAGAGUCCUCAAGUCCUCAGAAUUUGGACAAUUAUGCAGAUAUUGGAUUGGUUCGAGAGAACAGUCCAUCUUAUGCUCCUUCAGAGUCGCAACAGCAUCAAGAUCCUCCCGAACUACCGGGGUUUUCGCAGGCAUAUGAUCCUCAGACCGGUUAUGAUAUACCCUAUUUUAGACCCACAAUGGAUGAAACCAUGCGGGGCCAGGGUUUACAAUCUCCUCAGGAGGCUUUAAGUUCACAUACAGCCAACAGCAUCCCUGCAUCAACAAUUGCCAUGGCACAGCAGCAGCAGCAGCAGCAGCAACAGCCAUCUGUAGCACAGAUGUACCCGCAAGUUCAUUUUCCCCAUUUCGCCAAUCUUUUGCCAUACCGUCAAUUCCUGCCCCCACUUUAUGUUUCGCCUAUGGCCAUGCCUGGCUAUUCUAGCAACCCUGCCUAUCCCCACCCAUCAAAUGGUAGCAGUUACUUGCUGAUGUCGGGAGGUAGUUCACAUCUAAAUGCAAGCAGCAUGAAGUAUGGAGUUCAACAGUUCAAGCCUGUUCUGGCUGGCAAUCCCUCAGGGUUUGGGAAUUUUACCAAUCCAACUGGGUAUAUUAAUGCUCCUGGUGUGGUUGGUGGUGCAACUGGGCUCGAAGAUUCAUCUCGAAUCAAAUACAAAGAUAGCAACAUUUAUGUCUCAAAUCCACAGGCCGAGGCAUCUGAAAUUUGGAUUCAGAACCCUAGGGAGCUUCCGGGUAUGCAUUGGAUUCAGAACCCAAGGGAGCUGCCGGGUAUGCAAUCCACUCCAUACUACAACAUGCCAGCGCAAUCACCCCAUGGUGCAUAUAUGCCAUCCCACACAGGUCAUGCUUCCUUUAAUGCAGCUGCUGCACAAUCUUCUCACAUGCAAUUUCCGGGUAUGUACCAUCCUCCUCCGCAGCCGGCUGCAAUUGCUAAUCCACACCACUUAGCACCUGCUAUGGGUGGUAAUGUUGGGGUUGGUGUGGCUGCAGCUGCCCCUGGUUCACAGGUGGGUGCCUAUCAACAGGCCGAACUGGGUCAUCUCAAUUGGACAGCCAACUUCUGAGAGCAAAUGUGAAUUUAACCCCAUUGCCGGAAAUAGUUAAUAGUUACAUCAUUGAAGGUGGAUCUUUUCCACUAUGGAAGUUUAACAUCCACAGAGGAAUUGAGAUAAGGGUAUGCUUUCAUAGAAACUAUUGGAAGCUGCCCAUUGCGCAAUGGAAUGCACGCAUCGAUUAAAAUCUCGAUGUAUUUUCCUGGUUUCCCAGCUUCUGAAGUACUGCAGUGUGUUUGUGAUAUCAUUCAGUUGUAUGGUCCAAUCUGCUGUAGUGUCUGGAUCAUUCACAGCUUGUAGUGUCACUAAUGAGUCUCCAGCAAUUGAGAGUUUUUUGAUUUGCCGUUCCUUUGCUUCCUUUACAUCAAUGUACAUUGUCAUAGCUUCUCCCAGAUUUGGAUUUAGACUUUGAAUGUGUCUGGUCUCUACAAAUAUUAUUGAGCCUUCUUCUGAACUUCAUAUGGCUGCUGCUGUGCUGCUUGUGCUUCUUACCGCCACGUCAAAUGUUAAUGGGUGAUGGUCUCAGGGUCUGGCUCUCUGCUGGUGACUUUCAUUGACCUGUUUAUUGCUCCCAUGCAUCAGUGUUCUUUAUAAAUCUUUAGUGUACUAGAGACAAAGACCUCAAUGUUGGGAGUAAAAGCCUCAUGAAUGAUCUUAUUUCUAAGGAACCAAAUACUGUCCAUAGCUGUAAUGGAAAAUAUUUGAAAAUGAUGAUCAUCCCUGUAAUGGGUGUUGAGGUU